CGAGGCUGUGGUAGGCAGCCCGUUACCGUAAUCCUUGAUGAAAAUGGAUCAGUGAGGCGCCGUUUAAGUAAAGAAAAAAACUACAGUAAUCGGCUGAAAUAGUUCAGCCGACCUACUCACCCAAGCCGUUUAAGUGUACGCGAGAGUGCUGAAAGUACCCGUGUGAUCAGCGCUAUAUUUGGACAAGGCUUACGUCGUACGAUAUGUCGUAGUAAACAUAAACCACGUUUCUCGGCAUGCACCAACACGACUGCGUGUUUUAAACGUCCCACACACGUGUGCUGAAAGAAGUGUGCGUUUUUUGUACAGUGGCUGCCAGGUGGUUAGGUGUUAACACUAUUUGCAUGCAAUGAUGCGUUACAGAAAUUCGAAAAAUGUGGAGCUAGUGGAUGAACAGUAGUUACUUUUAUCAGAGCGAAAUUGUGAUACAUUGUAGCAGCAUCGGUAAUAACAGUGCGGUGCAUUUUUUCCCAAUGCUGGCCAUUGCGAGACUGCUGAGUGAUAGAUGAUCACUGUGAAGAUGCAGUGGUACAUAUACGUAAAAAUAAUGAAAAUGAUUGUCAUAACAUCAGAUGUUUGCGAUGUCUGACAUUAAAGAAAAAGAUAAAGAGGAGACAGAAAAUACAAAGGAAGAAAGUGACAGUGCAAAUUCUGAAACAUUUGCUGCCUCCUUAACGGACAAAGAUAUGAAUCACGCAGCUGGGCAAGUCAUGGCCCCAGACAGACGUUACACAGUACAGGAAGAGACUACAACAGUCCACAUACCUAUGUUCCGUCCCAGCCUAGCUUUCCUAGAAAUUCUUCGAGAGGUUGGUGCACAGAGUGAAGUCUUUACCAUUAAAGAGAUUGUCCACCAUGUUAAAGAUUACAUCAUCAAGCAUCAACUGUUUGACAAGGCAGAUCCAAGUAUUGUCCACUGUGGCCAGGACAAGCUAGGCAUGGUCUUCCGGGUUAGCAGCUUCACAGUGAAUGAUGCAGUGGGCCUUUUCUUAAAAAAUUCAGCACCUGUGCCAGACACCUGCGUAAGAAUAAGGAGGCAGCUAGUAAAGCGUGCAAUAAACCCUAGUGCAGCGCCUGGUCUCAGCAAUGCCUCAACCACUGACAGCAACACUGUGAAGAGUUCACCUGUAAUUGAAACUGGAGUGAAACAAAAGGCCAGUUCAACAGUAACUUCAGGACACUGCCCUGUCAUAACAAGCACAACUUUCCCGGAAAUCUCUUACUAUAAUAGUCCUAGCGAAAGCAACAAAGAAAACUGUUCAACUAGUAGCCAUCAUCAAGGAAAAAGACCCUCAGAAUCUACAUCUCCACUCAAUAACAAGAAGCGCCAUCACAGCAGCACAUCAUUGAAUAUAUCAUAUUCUGACGAGGUAGAUGGAGACUCAUCUUGUUGCUUCCAAGUCAAUAUGGAAACCAAAACAAGAGUUGGUGAUGAUCUACAGCAGGAAUAUUCCCAACCAAACAUUGAGGAGGACUCAUUUUCAGUACAGUAUGAUUCAGAUGAAUUUUCACUUGAAUAUGAAGUUGAAUCAAGUGAUCAUCGCUCCGAGUCUGACAUCAGUUCGCGUGAAUCUGGAAAAGACAUAGUCGUGGUGUGCAAAGAGAGUGAUGUGGAAUUCUGGGCAGACUACAGUGACACAGAGGACAGCACAGACAACGAGCUGUCAACUGCUGACCUGUGGGUUUGUGACAUGUGUCAGACCCAAAAUAUUCCCUACCAUGGCCACUGCAGCAAGUGUUGGAAUCUAAGACCUGGCUGGUUUAAAGAUAAGCAUAUGGGGCCAUCUGGAUCAGUUCUUCCUUCUUCCAGCAGAUUACAACAUUGGGCUGUCUCAUCAGAGAGCACUGAUGAGACCACACCAGGGACCAGCGGUCACUUCAUUUCACGAAGUACAGGGGGAGGAGGGAAAAAGAGAAGGAUUGUGAGAGUGAUCUCAGCAUCCUCAUCCGGACAAAAUUCAGACUCCCUGCUGUCUGAUGAGAACUUUCCAGACACAUUCACUUGCAAAAACUCACAGGAACAUCAAAGGGAUUCUGGUUUGAGCAGUGUACCAUUGACAUCAACCCAAGAGGACAAAAAUCAACAAAAUCCUAGUGGAAGUAAGGGGGAGGCGGUGAACAAGGGUAAGGAGCAGGGAAAAUGGCACAGGGGACUGGGUAUUGAUCUGGAUGCAGUGGCACCUGCUAGUGAUGUGUGUGUGGUGUGUGCAUCACGGCCAAAGACAGGUAGUAUCAUUCAUGGCAACUCUGGCCACCAGGUUUGCUGCUAUAGGUGUGCAAAGCGUCUCAAGCGAAAGGGUUUGCUCUGUCCAGUUUGCCGCAGACCAAUACAAAAGGUGAUUAAAAAUUUUAUCCUUUGAAUGUUGGCUUUACAGCAUAUCAGUCUCUUUUACCUGGCUGUGGUGACAAGUAUGUUGGGGUAGACAAGAAGUUUGCGUUUAGUUGUUGUUGAUAGGCAUGAGUGAAAGAAUUAAAACAGAUGAAUAGCAAAGUGUUUCAGAUACAUACUCCUGCGUGGGCAUCUUGUGUUGAAAAUGUGUGAUGUGUGCAUAGUUAAGACACCAAACCGUGUAUUGUGCAACUUUAAGGAUUUGUAUGAAACAACUGCCAUCCAUACGUAUGAUCUGCUCUUUUCAAGCAUGUGCAUACUACUGACUCAUCACAAAGGCCGAUUAUUACUAUUGUAAGCAUUACGAAGUCUUUCUAGGAACUUUUAACGUAAGCAUGUGUGUGAAAAAAAGUAUGUCGAAAUGUUGCUUUUCAAAUCACUCAAAUAUAAGCGCCAGCCUUUUUUCUUUUCAUUUUUUUUAAUAAUAAGCAGUUUUCAUAUGCAUUUCAUUUUUUUCUUAUUCUGUACAGAAAAAGGCCCUUAAUGUUUGCAUGUGAUUAAAGUCACAGUGUGUUAAGGAACCAUUGGCUGAAACAGAUCUGGUUAGCAUUUCUCUUAAGUUUUAGCACACACAAAAAAAAAAAGUGCAAAAAGAUGUGGAGAGGUGCCUGCAUUUAAUGUUUGUGUGUGAACAUAAGAAUGCCUACAUCAAUAUAUUGUGCAAUGUAUUUCAAUAAAUUUGAGAUGCCUCCAUUGAUAUCACUAAAGAAUUUUGUGGUCAAAA